AUGGAGCUGAAGUUAUGUUAUGUUGUGUUUACGUUUUUUUGGAGAAUAUCUUCUGCAAUCAAAUGUUACAAAUGCGUACCGGAGGAGACUUACGAAGGAAUAAAACUAUGUGAAGCUUUCGACGGCAGUGAUAGAUUCCUCGGAGAAUGCGAACAUUCCAACAUGUGCUUUAAAAGGGAAACGACAUUAGAUUUAGGAAAUGGAGUGACAACCGUAUCUGUGACCAGAGGUUGCGCUGCUCAAACAAUGAGUGGAGACCAGGAAAAAGUAAAUGGAAAAUGGAGAUUGAAGAACACAAUUUACGAUGUCUACGUUGACGGUUGCACGGAAGACCCGAACAACAUCGAUAGACCCGCGAAAACUAUCAAUUGCUACUGCCGCGGAAACCUGUGUAACGGCUCGAUAAGAAAUCACAUAGGUUAUGUAAUGUUACUAGUCCCAAUGGUUUAUUUUAUAAGCUAG